CAACUCCAAAGUCCCAAGCCGGCUUCAUCUCCUCACCUCCCGUUACUCUUCCUCACCGAGUCACCGACCACUCUACCCUCUCUACCAGGCGCUUCGCUUCCCCCAGCAGGCCGGCGGCGAUGACGAGCCUGCAGGCGGCCCCGCGCCUCAGACUCCACCUGGCCCCGUGCGAGCCCCGCGGCCGGCUGCUUCCGCCGUCGAGGCUCGUCCUCUCCCCGUCCUCCUGCAGGCUUUACACUCUCAUAUCCAGACAACUUCCCAUUUGCAAUGCACAAUCAUAUGCUGAUGAUUUACUGGUAGCUAGUGCGCAAAGCUCCACCAUUGCUCGCUCAAGGUUGCUUGCUGCAGAAAGAGAGGAAGCAAAGGCUGUGCUAUCGCUUUUCUUAAGGCAGAAAGGUUUGAGAAGUGCGGUGGCUGCACGUAUCGCCAACAAAUCAGAUGGUUUCAUUGAGCACCUGGUUUCAAAGCUCCAGAUUGCUUACAGAUCUCGAUAUGCUGAAGGAAGGGAGUUGAGCACACCUGAAAUCAGAGAUGCUCUCCUCCCAUAUCUAGAAGCUCUUUCUAAAGAACAUGGAGAUGGUUUGUUCGAGGUGGUGGAGAACUUCCCUGAUCCUUUUGCUGCGGAAAGGGAAUCCUUGUCUUACUCGAUGGUACUUACACCGACAAGCUCCAAUAAACAGAAGGCAAUUGCUCGAGUAAGCACACCAACCUCAGGGGGAGCCCUGCCUGAGCUAGUGCUCUACCUACUGGACUUUGGCAUGGAUCAUGAGGAGAUCAAGAAUAUCGUGCGCAAGUUCCCAGCAUUUGCGUAUUACAAUGUGGAUCGUAAGAUAAAGCCCCUGGUGGAUCUACUGCUUGAGCUUGGUGUGCCAAGGUCAAGCAUACCCGGAAUCAUCAGGAAGAGACCUCAGCUAUGUGGAAUCAGCUUAACAGAUAAUCUGAAACCUAUGAUGGCCUAUAUGGAAAAUAUUGGUGUCAACAAAGCUCAGUGGGGCAAGGUGCUAUGCCGGUUCCCUGCAUUUCUCACAUAUAGCAGGCAGAAGGUGGAGGUAACAGUGAGCUACCUUACUGAGCUAGGAGUUUCUAGUGAAAACAUUGGCAAGAUCCUGACACGAUGUCCUCAUCUCAUGAGCUACAGUGUUAACGACAACCUCAGGCCAACUGCUGAAUACUUUCGGUCCAUUGGUGCAGAUGCUGCAUCUCUCAUUCAGAAAUGCCCCCAGGCCUUUGGUCUGAACAUCGAGUCAAAGCUGAAGCCGAUCACAAAGUUUUUUCUGGAUAGAGAGUUCAGCAUCGAGGAAAUUGGCAUUAUGGUGAAUAGAUUUGGUAUUAUUCACACACUCAGUUUGGAAGAAAAUCUGCUCCCAAAAUACGAAUACUUCCUGACAAUGGGUUACCCAAGGUAUGAACUUGUGAAGUUUCCACAAUACUUCGGGUACAGCUUAGAGCAGCGGAUAAAACCUCGCUAUGCUCGGAUGACCGGGUGUGGAGUAAGGUUGAUUUUGAACCAGAUGCUGUCAAUCUCAGAUAGCAGAUUUCAGGAAAUCCUGCAAAAGAAGAUGGAUAAAGCGUGAAAUUUCAUUUCCAGAUCAGCACAAAGUUGGACAAGUUCACAUGGAAAAAAUGUUAGGUUGCUAUUCUGUUAUAUCUAUCUAACUGAUGUGGCAGUAGAUUGAUAAUUUCCAGAAGUAGUACCGCAGAAAUUUUAUCUCAUCAUGCACUUCUAUAGAGAUAAACCCACUGGCAGUUUGUUCCUUUGCAUGACAGUUGACGAAAGCUUAGGACUUGGAUAGGAACAAUUUGAUAUAGAACUGUUGAAGGUUUACAUAGUUCACCUAGUCGUUUUUGCAAGGAUGUGUUGUAACCUUCGGGAAUGCUGUUAUUUCUAUUUGGAUACGAACAGUUUGAUAUAGAAUUUGGCUAUGCUUUUUUAGAUAUGAUUACUUAUUUA